GGGUCUUGUUUUCAAUUCAUUUCGCCUUGCCGUCAGUAUUGUGCGCGGCGCGCGGUAAAGAAACAGGCUCCGUGUUUUCACAGUGAUAUUACUGUAAACCGGCUCGCGAACGGCCAUAAUACGAGUUGAAGAAGCCCAAUCUAAACUCUCGGACCAUCGAUAAAUAUUUUACUGUUUAUUGAAUAAAUGUGCCGCAGUGUUUGCCGUCGGUGACCGAGCUCGGCGCUGGUGCUGGUGUUGGUGUCGGCGGUGACCGGUGGCCGGCAGAGUUUCCAAGUGUUUCACGACGUUUCCCUCGGGCGGUCGGGCGCCGCCGUCGGCCGGCACAAUGCACACGCUGUUCGGCGCCGACCAGAACGCCUACUACCGGCACUCGGGCACCUACCCGAACGCGCUGCAGCCCAUGGCCGCCAUGUCGCCCAUGACGCCCAUGAGCUCGGCCGGCUACGGCGGCUACGACCAGUACUCGGUGGCGGCGCGCUACAGCCCCUACGGCACGUCCUACAGCUCGCACCAGAUGCCUGUCAAGGACAUGGUGAAGCCACCCUACUCGUACAUCGCGCUCAUCACCAUGGCCAUCCAGAGCACGCCAGAGAAGAAAAUCACGUUAAGUGGCAUCUACCAGUUCAUCAUGGAGAAGUUCCCCUAUUACCGUGAGAACAAACAGGGGUGGCAGAACUCGAUUCGGCACAAUCUCAGUCUCAACGAGUGCUUUCUCAAGCUGCCCAGGGACGACAAGAAGCCCGGCAAGGGCUGCUACUGGGCGCUCGACCCCGACUCGUACAACAUGUUCGACAACGGCAGCUACCUGCGGCGCCGGCGGCGCUUCAAGAAGAACCGCGACGGCGCGGCGGCCAACGCCGACAAGAAGGAGCCCCGGCCCGGUGAGGCGAAGGUCAAGGAAGAGAUUCCCGAGACCGGCGCGGACGGAGCGGCCACCGGCUCCGGCGCGCCGUCCCCCGUCGAGCCACCGCCGCUCAAACCGAAAACGGAGCCCAUCGAGCUGCCCGUGCUGGCGACGGGCGCGGCGGCCGAGCCGUCGGAGCCGCCACCGCCGCCGCCUCCGCCGCCGGCCACGGCCGAGCCGCCCAUCUACACCAACAUGGACUGUCCGCCGCCGGCGCCGACACCGCUGGAGCCACCGGCCUGCUCGGCCAACAGCGCCUUCAGCGUCGACUCUCUGAUGACGUCCCGGUCAUCCCCGGCGCAGCUGGACUCUGUGGCUGCGUACACGCCGGCGCCGCGCGGCCUCUACCCGUCCGAGCUGGGCUACACGCCCCAGUACUCGGACGAGAUGGCCUGCAUGGCCGCCUCGGCACAGAACAUGGUGCAGUACGGCGGCCGGGCCGGCUGGUACCAGAGCGAGCCGCCGCCGCCGCCGCCGCCGCCGCCAGCCGCCGUCACCACCGAGCCCUUCCCCUCUGUGCGGGAGAUGUUCGAGAGCCACCGGCUGAUCCCCGGGUCCAUGACCUCGUGUCAGGUGUCCCAGCCCAGCCCGAGCUCAUGUCAGCUCGGAUUCCGGCCCAGUUCGCCCUACAAAAGCUUCUACCAGGACUGCCACAAGUACUGACCCGCCCCGCGUCUCUAGUGUCGCCGCGACGGACGUGGUGCGCUAAGACGGACCCGGCGCACUGAGACGUACUCGGCGCGCCGCGGCUGAACCGGCCGCCGUAUCUGGAGAUGUGAUUCGGCCGUCAAACUCGGGCGAAGCAGGCGUCUUCUCCGGCUACUGACGGUGAGGAUUCAGCCAGCGCAGAGACGUCCAUCACACCAGCGCAGGGAAUCUCAUCAGCUGAGGUCAGCCAACUACACGUCCCACUAGCUGAUGGCCAUCGGCUGCCGGGCGGCGCCUGGACAUGCCAUCAGCUGGCCAUGCCACGUGCCGCUCUGGGCUCCCGGGCGGGGUCUGUCAGACCGCUUGGCAGACGGCCGCCGCCACCGCGGGGCGGGCUCUCGGGGCUGUUUUAUUUGUCGUCAGGCGGAGGCGUCUGCGUUUGUUGGUAUGCUGUCAUGUGCGGACGGGUCGGAUGAGGGUAUUACAGGUGUAGGUCUCUAGUGGAGGUGUGGGGAAGGCGCCCUGGCGUUCUGUCGUAGCAAUAGCUAGGGUAUUUAUCGUGUGCGCGUGCGCUCGACUUUGAUAAUUGGUCGGCGCCCUGCUCAGUGCGAGCUGAUCGGCACAGCUCUGGGGUGGAGUUGUCUUUCUUUCCGAUUAUGAUUGUAUUGAUUGUUGGGUGUACCUGCCAUUGUUCGGUAAGCUCUGAAGGGGAUCCGCUCUGCAGGCGCGGAGAAACACCCCGCCGCCCGGUGCCGGACGCUUCUUUAGCAGUAGCAUUGCUUACUACGGAGCGUGCUUGUCGGAUAAUGGAACGAAUGCGGGUUGAGGUCAGAAGCUAAAAGGACACAAACUGAUGGGACGAAAGGUGUUCAUAAGUAUUCCUGCGCAUAGAGAAACACUGUAAUUAUUUGUAAGUCUUAUUCAGCUUUGUUCGGUACUAGAAACAUUCUAUUGGGUAGCCUCACAGCAAAAUUCCUGUUGUACUUUAGAAACUGGCCAUGUGUCGUCCUUACAAUUAUCUGUGUCUACUUUAGGGGUUGACUUUCGUCGUUCCAGCCAGGUAUUUGGUGUAUACGAUGCCGUAGUAUGUCGAGUUUUGUUAUUGCUAAUCAGUCUUUAUAUGUGAGAUAUCUCACGGACAAAGUGUCGCCGAUGUUCGAGCAGCGUCUCUUCUUUGUACCCUCUCGGAUAAUGUGAGCCGGUGUGGCGGUCGUUGGGGAUGGGCCAGUGUCGUUCAGGGUCCCAGCCGUACAUAACCGCCAGUGAUCGCGGAGCGUCACGCCGUUACAGGUAUUUCGAGGCCAGCCUUCUGACGGUGCGCCGGCGGGCGCUCCGGUCACUGUGCGGGGUGGUGUCGAAAUCCAGCCCCUCUUCUAUCAGUGUUGGCCGUGGGGGGUACCGAAAUCUGGCCCACUCCGAUCACAAUGUGGGGUGGUAUCGAAAUCUGGCCCCCUUCGGUCACUGUAUGGGGUGGUAUCGAAAUCCGGCCCGGCCACCGGCCGAGCGCUGCCAUAUUCGCGAACAUUGAACUAUUCGUUUGAUAGAUGAUGCACAUUGUUUUGUGUUAACUAGUCAGAUUGUGUUUGACGUUGAUAAAUAUUGUAAAUAGCCACUGUAAAAUGCGCUGACUAAAUAAAACUAGAACCGCA